AUGGGCACAGAGUUGAACUUAAAGACCAUUGCACUUGGCGCAAGAAAUGCAGAGUACAAUCCAAAGCGUUUCGCUGCCGUCAUCAUGCGUAUAAGAGAGCCAAAGACAACUGCGUUGAUCUUUAAGAGUGGCAAGAUGGUGUGCACUGGUGCCAAGUCAGAGGAGGCGUCAAAGUUGGCCGCAAGGAAGUACGCCAGAAUCAUCCAAAAGCUGGACUUCCCUGCACAGUUCACCGACUUUAAGAUCCAAAACAUCGUUGGUUCCUGCGAUGUCAAAUUCCCAAUCAGACUCGAACCAUUGAACAACACUCAUAGUUCUUUCACAAAUUAUGAACCUGAAAUCUUCCCAGGCCUCAUUUAUAAGAUGAUCAAACCAAAGGUCGUCUUGUUGAUUUUCGUGUCUGGAAAGAUUGUAUUGACUGGAGCCAAGGUGAGAGAGGAGAUCUAUGAAGCCUUUGAGAAUAUAUAUCCUGUGCUUACGACCUACAGGAAGCAAAUCACCGCGCCACCUCCUGCACUCCUUGAGACUGCCAAGGAGAAGGACAAAGAGAAGGACAAGAGAGGCAACUAG